AUUCCAUUGCACGGUCUCCGUCCACACGCUACAACGACGUGUUUGACGAAAAAACCUUCGCUGUAGCUCUUUCAUUCCAAAUAAAAGGCCUGAAUACGCAAUUCUACUCAAACCUUUUUUUUUUUUGUUUUGUCUUGUUUUGUCAUUCUCCUUCAAAAGCCUAGAGCAGGACAUCUGCUCAUCCAUUCAUCCAACGACGAUGGCCGGUGAAUCGACGGCCAAUGAGCCAAUCACUCUCAAGGAGACCCCAACAUGGGCGGUUGCUGUUGUUUGUGCUGUCUUAAUCAUCAUCUCCAUCCUCAUAGAGCAUGCUCUCCACCUCCUUACCAUGUUUUUUAGGAGACGAAACAGGAAGUCUCUCAAUCAGGCUCUUUACAAGAUUAAGGCAGAGCUGAUGGUUUUUGGGUUCAUAUCUCUAUCUCUCACAAUUGGGGAACAACCGAUUUCGAAGAUAUGUGUCCCGAAGAGUGUAGGUGACCACUUCCUUCCUUGCAAAAAUACAACGCUCCCAAGCGAUGUUGAGGAGGAAUCUACUUGCCAAAAGAAGGAUAAGAUCUCUCUUCUCUCUACAACUGGUGUCAGUGAACUACACAUGCUAAUCUUUGGGUUGGCGCUCUUUCAUAUCCUCUCAUGUGUUCUUACUUUGUGUCUUGGGAUGGCCAAGAUGAAGAGAUGGGAAUCUUGGGAAGAAGAAACUACUACAGUGGACUAUCAAUUCUCAAAUGAUCCCCGGAGAUUCAAGCUCGCCCGCCAAACAUCCUUUGGAAGAAGGCAUCUGCAUUGCUGGAGCAAACGCCCAUUGCUUCUAUGGCCUGCUUCUUUCCUUCGACUGUUUACUGGAUCGGUCUCAAAAGCUGAUUAUUUUGCUCUUCGACAUGGAUUUAUCACGGCUCACUUAUCAGAAGGCAGCAAGUUCGAUUUCCAAAAGUUUCUUAGGAGAGCUUUGGACAGUGACUUUGAGGUGGUGGUUGGAAUCAGUCCUUGGAUCUGGAUCUUCACUGUACUUUUCAUUUUCUUCAAUGCUCACGGAUUUUAUAGCUAUCUGUGGCUGCCCUUCAUUCCUUUGAUGAUGGUUUUGGCUGUAGGCACCAAACUGCAAUUUAUCAUAACAAAGAUGUGUUUGGAGAGUCAAGACGCGUCGGUGGUGGUUAGAGGAACGGUGCUGGUGAAGCCCAAUGACAACCUCUUCUGGUUCGGUCGGCCUCAUCUACUCCUCCAUCUCAUCCAUCUCAUCCUUUUCCAGAACUCCUUUCAACUAGCAUUCUUCACGUGGACAUGGUACAAGUUCGGACUGAGAUCUUGCUUCCAUCACCAAAGAGAGGACAUCAUCAUCAAGAUCUCAGUGGGCGUGUUAGUCCAGCUUCUUAUUGGAUAUGUAAUCCUACCCCUUUAUGGGUUAGUCACACAGAUGGGCUCAUCUAUGAAGAAGGUGGUAUUCAGCGAGCAGAUCACCAAGGGUCUAAAGAACUGGCACAGCUUGGCAAAGCGGAGCAUAACACCGAACAGGUCGAGUUCUACUUGUCCUUCACCGGAGCCUUCUCCUUCUCACAAAGCCAGAACAUCACUUUCAAAAACACAAGAGCUCGUAAUGACGGAACACAUACAACAUUCAACUCCAUCACCAAACGUUGUAUCUGUAUCCGUCGAAAUAACAGAAGAGGCUGUGACAGAGCCGAACACUAACACCAAAGGAAACUAUAAUGGGGAGAUCUCUUUUGCGUGGCGAAGUUGACCAAUGUAGAGAAUUUUUGGGCUGCUAUUUUGGCCAUUGGCGAAAAUGUCUUGAGCUCCAAUAGGAGAGCACACGGACAUGUGAACUUCAAUUGGAAAUGGGAGUUUAGGGGUGAGAUUUACACCUACAAUCGUAGAUUACAAUGCCUUGCCUUUUUAAUCUUCAACCGCACUUUGGUGCAUGAUUACCCAUAUUUGGUGUUCUAUGGAUGGUCCAAGGAAUGGUUUGAAAGAAAAUGUGAAGAGGAAGAAGAUUUGGAGGCGAAAAGAGGAUGAGUUUGUAUGUAUAAAAGGUGCACAGAUUACAUAUUGAUAUUUGUAUAAAACAGAAGAUGAUACAUAGAGAAGUGGUUUUCCAGAUUUGUCAAUGCACUUCUAGUCAUUUGCA